UUUCUUUCUAACCGCAGAGCUGACAAAUAAAUGCUGGACCAUCUAGCAGCUUUUAGUCAUUAACGGAUGAAAAAACCUCGGAGGAAAGGGCGCCCCUGUGACCGGAGGAGGGUUGAAAUCUCCCCAGCUGGUGGAUAAAUCCUCCCUCCACCCGGUGUCACCGCCCUGACUCUAGAAUGAGAGCACCGGAGUCAACCGAUGCGUCCGGCCGCUACUGAUGCUCGGCAGUGCUCCGGGGCUUUCCGGUCGGUGGGAAAGGCUCGAGCCGCGGCCGCGCGCUAGGAUGCUUCGCCAGGUGUUGCACGCGGGCCUGAGGACCUCUUUCCACUCGCUUGGCCGCUUCGUGGCCAGCCACCCGGUGUUCUUCGCUUCGGUGCCCAUGCUGCUGUCCAUCCUGCUGGGGGCCAGCUUCAGCCGGUACCGCGUGGAAGAGGACGUGGAGAGCCUGCUUGCGCCCAAGCACAGCCUGGCCAAGAUAGAGGGCAACUUGGUGGACAGCCUGUUUCCCGUGAACCGCUCCAAGCACGCUCUCUACUCCGACCUGCAGACGGCGGGCCGCUAUGGGCGCGUGAUCGUCACCUCCCGAAAAGGGAGCGUGCUGGACCCGGUUCACCUGGACACGAUCCUAAUGCUCCACAGGCGGAUCUACCAGAUGCAGGUGACAGUCCCAGCCACAGGCUUCAACUACUCCUUCUCCUACCUCUGCCUCCCAGAUGACAAGAAUGUCUGCAUCAUUGAUGACAUCAUCCGUGCCAUGGAGGAGAUGCAGUCUGCUCGCACUUCCAACCGUUCCAUCCCAGUCCUGCAGUACCCAAUCACGCAGCUGGGGGAUGGGCGGCAAGCGUACAUUGGCCACCAGCUAGGUGGCGUGCAGGGCUGGGGCCCCGGUGGAGCAGUACGAGCUCAGGGGACAGGAGCCAAGGGAGAAGGUGUCCGUUCUGCCAGGGCGCUGCAGCUCACCUACUACCUCCAAGGCAGAGGUGGCCUGAUGGACCGGGUAGCCAGUCAGUGGGAAAAAGCCUUCUGUACUGAAUUACAGAACUUUGCAGCAUUGCAUCCAAAGCUGGGGCUCUACCCCUCCACCUCUUCUUCUUUGAUGACAGACUUCCAAUUCUCCUCUGUGCUGGCACAUCGCCCCCUAUUGGCUAGCUUGGGAGUGUGUGGGGUGCUGGCUGUCCUCUGCUGCUCUAUGAGGGACUGUGUGAGAUCCAAACCCUGGUUAGGACUGUUAGCUCUGCUGUCCGUCACACUGUCUGGCCUCACUGCUGCUGGAAUACUCAACCUCACUGGAGCCACCUACAAUUCCACAUACCUGGGCAUCCCUUUUGUCAUGCUUGGUCAUGGGCUCUUUGGCUCCUUUGAGAUACUGUCGUCAUGGAGGCGAACCCGAGAGGACCAGCACGUGAAGGAGCGUGUGGCGAGCGUCUUUGAGGAUGUCAUGCUGCGUUUCUCCGGCUCCACCAUGCUCCACCUGAUGACGCUAGGCCUAGCUGCCUCGCCACUCACCAACAUGGAGGCAGUCCGACUCUUCUGCCGCAAUGCUGCCCUCGCCGUCACAAUCAGCUAUGUUUACAUGUUGUCUUUCUACAGUUCCUGCUUAGUGUUUACAGGUUACCUGGAGACCGGGUACAGACACGGCUGCUUCUGCCGGCGAGUUCCCAAGCAGGAUCGGCUGGACUCUAAACCGGCUUGGUACCGCUGUUUGAUGUACACACGCUACCAGGAUGAGACUCAAAUUACCAACCCGCCACAUGUAGUCGGACAUGCUCACACACAAAAUCCUAACAUAACUCACACUCAUACAGCGAACAACCCUGGCAUGCAUGGACAUGUUGCUAACUCCACACAUGCACAUCCACACCCUCACAUUCAUUCUACAACAAGUAUGGACUCUCAUCCGCAGGACUCGCAUCUUUUGCUGAGAUAUAUGCAGCGUUGCUAUGGAGACUGGAUCACUAACACUUAUGUCAAACCAUUUGUGGUUCUGCUGUACCUGGUUUACAUCUCUUUUGGAUUGAUGGGCUUCCUACAGGUGACCCAGGGUUCUGACCCCAGUGCGCUGGUUGCCAUGGAUACAGCAACAGUAUUAUACACGCGUGCCCAGCAGCGCUACUUCAGCUCAUAUUCACCAGUUAUUGGAUUCUACAUCUACGAAAGUGCCCCCUACUGGAAUUCCUCUGUGCAGCAGGACCUGCUGGAAUACGCCAAAGGCUUCCAGAGAAUCAGCUGGCUGGAAGCUUACCUGAACUACUUGGCAGACCGCAACCAGUCCACCAGCCAGCUGCGGGAGAACUUCACCCGCACGUUGCGCCACUCCUUUCUUCGCGAGCCGCAGUUUGCCCACUUUGCAGAUGACAUCAUAUUUGCAGAGCGUGGCCACGGCGAGGAGCCUGAUGUGGCUGCUUCACGCAUCUUUUUGGUUGCCAAGACAACGGAGAACAAGCGUGAGGAGAUGUCAGUGCUUCUGGACACGCUGCGGCGCCUGUCACUCACCUCCCGUGUUCGCUUUCUGAUUUUUAACCCCUCUUUUGUCUACUUGGACCGCUAUGCUGCGGCAGUCAGCUCCCCCCUCAGACAUUCACUGCUGGCGGUGCUCUUCCUGUUGGGUCUGUCCUCUCUGGCCGUCGUGGAGCCGCUGGUCUCUGUGUGGCUGGGUCUCACCCUGCUCUCCGUCCAGUUUGGGGUGCUGGGCUUCAUGACUUUAUGGGGUGUGGAGCUGGACUGUAUGUCUGUGUUGUGUCUGAUCUCAGCUUUGGGGCAUUCAGCAGACUGCAGCGGCCCCCUCCUCUGUGGCUUUGCCUCAGGUCGGGGUGAGAGCAGGACUCGCUGGGUAAGGGUGGCGCUGGAGAGACAUGGCGUUCCCUCUCUACAGACACUCAUCUGCUACGGCGCUGCCUUGGUGCCGGUUGGCUCGGUACGCUCCAACCUCACACGCACAAUGUUUCGCUGCCUCACCCUCACGGCCGGAUGCUCGGUCCUGCACACGCUUGCCUUCCUGCCCACCCUCCUAACUUUCCUGCCCCCCUCCAAAAGCCGGGGCCACCGGCCUGGCGGAGAGGGCCAGAGACAGGAGGUGGAGUGUGUUGAAAUGAAUGACAGCACCAGAGUGGUUGACCAGAUCACUACAGUUUGAGCAUGUGAUGAUGAUUUCUUUUUUGUCCCUGCGUUGCUAUGGUGAGAGUGUGCUGCUGAGGAGCUGCUGACACUUGUAAAGACUGGAAGAAAUGGAGUGUGUAACACAAGGAAGAUAGAGAAAACAGAUUCAAACAGGUGAAAGAGAGCAGGAGAAAGAUGCAGACAGGGAAGGAGAAAAAAAUCUUCAAUGCAGCGUAUCCAUGGUUACCUGCUUGUUGGUAGUGCUGUAUAGCAUGUGAAUGAGUUUUGUUUUUGUUUUUUUACAAAUCACAAGUUUAAAAACAGCCUGGAUGAGCUCACAGAUAAAGUACCACAUGUUCCACUUCUACAACUUGCUUUAGAUCACUUUGUUUACCUACUGCUCUCCGGCUGCCAUAUCAAGUUGCGGUUUCAGCUACAAUAACUUGAGAAUCUUCUGUAUGACUUGAGUAUUUCUACUUUGAUGCUGGACAAAUAAAAUCAGAGUAAGGAAACUUG